GCCGCCAUCUUGACUGAGGGCAGAGCGCAGAUGAGGGUCGGCGUGCGGCUGUGGGGGGCGCUGAGGAGUUUCAGGACAAUGUCGGGGAGCUCUGCCCACAAUCCGCUGAUCGCCGUCUGUCAGGUGACCUCCACCGCCAACAAGGAGGAGAACCUGUCCACCUGCUCCGCCCUCAUCCGGGAGGCCUCCGCCCGCAACGCCGCCAUGGUCUUCCUCCCCGAGGCCUUCGACUACAUCGGGGGGAGCACCGAGGAGACGCUGAGCCUGGCCGAGAGCCUGGAGGGGGCGCUGAUCCAACAAUACGCCGCGCUGGCCAGGGAGUGCCGCCUGUGGCUGUCUCUGGGUGGAUUCCACGAGAAGGGCCCCAACUGGGAGAAAGACCGCAGGAUCUCCAACUCCCACCUCCUCCUGGAUGACACAGGAUGCAUCCGGUCCAUCUACCGCAAGGCUCACCUAUUUGAUGUGGAGCUACAGAGUGGGGUGUCCCUGAAGGAGAGCAGUUUCACGAUCCCGGGGGUGGAGCUGGUACCCCCCGUCUGCACACCGGUGGGAAAGGUCGGUCUCGCCAUUUGCUACGAUCUUCGCUUUCCCGAGAUGUCGCUGGCGCUGUCCCGGGAAGGAGCGGAAAUUCUCACCUACCCCUCCGCCUUCAUCGUCACCACAGGCCUGGCGCACUGGGAGGUGCUGCUGAGGGCCCGAGCCAUAGAGAACCAGUGUUACGUGGUGGCGGCGGCACAGACCGGCAGCCACAACCAGCGCAGGACUUCAUACGGCCACGCCAUGGUGGUGGACCCUUGGGGCGCUGUCGUAGCGCAGUGCCGAGAGGGACCCGGGCUGUGCUACGCGGAGAUCGACCUGCCUUGCCUCCACCGCGUGCGGAGAGAGAUGCCGGUGCAGAAUCACCGCAGGGCCGACCUGUACGGCACCGUCGGCAAGAAGAGUCAGGGCUGA